CAAAGGAGAAUCUACCGUGUUCAGGGCUCAUACAGGAACUGUAAGAAGCGUUCAUUUCUCCAGCGAUGGCCAGUCCUUAGUUACAGCUUCUGAUGACAAGACAGUCAAAGUGUGGACGGUACACAGGCAGAAGUUUCUGUUCUCACUCAGCCAACACAUAAACUGGGUUCGCUGUGCCAGAUUCUCUCCCGAUGGGCGAUUGAUAGCGUCAGCCAGCGAUGACAAAACUGUCAAACUGUGGGAUAAAACCAGCAGAGAAUGUAUACACUCCUUCUGUGAGCAUGGGGGGUUUGUGAAUCAUGUGGAUUUUCAUCCCAGUGGUACGUGCAUUGCUGCGGCUGGUACAGAUAACACAGUGAAGGUCUGGGACGUUAGGAUGAAUAGACUUCUUCAACAUUAUCAAGUGCACAGUGCUGUGGUAAACAGUCUUUCUUUUCACCCCUCUGGAAACUAUCUGGUUACUGCCUCCAAUGAUUCAACUCUUAAAAUUCUGGAUUUGCUAGAAGGAAGACUUCUGUAUACUCUUCAUGGUCACCAGGGACCAGCUACCUGUGUAGCAUUUUCAAGAGCUGGAGACUUUUUUGCCUCUGGAGGUUCUGAUGAACAGGUGAUGGUGUGGAAGACUAACUUUGAUGCAGCAGAUUAUGGUGAUGUACUGAAAACACAGAAGUCUGGCACUAGUGUGGAUGGGACCCAUCAUCCUCUGCAAUCAGAAAUGGAUUUUGGUAUUCACCUUACGAAAACAAAAACUCAAGAUUCUGGUAGGAACCACGAGCAGCAAGAGGAGGAGACCAGUCUCACAAGUACCUUGGAACAUAUUAUGGGUCAGCUGGAUGUUCUGACACAGACAGUUUCCAUCCUGGAGCAGAGGCUGACACUCACUGAAGACAAGCUGAAGGAAUGUCUUGAGAAUCAGCAGAAAAUAAUUCAGAGCAAAAUGAGCUGA